AUGCCGAAAUGCUUAGCGUACACCCUGGGUGUAGCUGCUAUGGUUAACGGACCUGAUGGCAUUCUGCAGAACGGAGCUGUGGACGAUAAUGUGGCUAAAACCAGCCAGCUUCUGGCAGAGCUGAAUUUUGAAGAAGAUGAGGAAGAUACCUAUUACACAAAGGACCUCCCUGUGCAUGCCUGCAGCUACUGUGGUAUCCAUGACCCAGCUUGUGUGGUUUACUGCAACACCAGCAAAAAAUGGUUCUGUAAUGGGCGUGGAAAUACAUCUGGCAGCCACAUUGUUAAUCAUCUUGUGAGAGCGAAGUGCAAAGAGGUGACGCUCCACAAAGAUGGGCCUCUAGGAGAGACUGUCUUGGAAUGUUAUAACUGUGGAUGUCGUAAUGUGUUUCUCCUGGGCUUUAUUCCAGCGAAGGCAGACUCUGUGGUUGUUUUGCUGUGCAGGCAACCAUGUGCCAGUCAGAGCAGUUUAAAGGAUAUUAACUGGGACAGUUCACAGUGGCAGCCUCUUAUCCAAGACCGCUGUUUCCUUUCAUGGCUGGGAAAGAUUCCAUCUGAACAGGAACAGCUGAGAGCACGUCAGAUUACAGCUCAACAGAUUAACAAACUGGAAGAACUUUGGAAGGAAAAUCCAUCUGCAACUCUUGAGGAUUUAGAAAAGCCUGGUGUUGAUGAAGAGCCACAGCAUGUCCUACUUAGAUAUGAAGAUGCUUAUCAAUACCAAAAUAUAUUUGGUCCUCUAGUGAAGCUUGAGGCAGACUAUGACAAGAAACUCAAGGAGUCUCAGACCCAAGAUAACAUCACAGUCAGAUGGGACUUGGGCUUGAACAAGAAAAGAAUUGCUUAUUUCACUUUGCCGAAGACCGAUUCAGAUAUGCGUCUUAUGCAAGGAGACGAGAUCUGCUUGAGGUAUAAAGGAGACCUGGCCCCUUUAUGGAAGGGAAUUGGUCAUGUUAUCAAAGUUCCUGAUAAUUAUGGUGACGAGAUAGCCAUUGAGCUAAGAAGCAGCGUUGGAGCGCCUGUGGAAGUUACUCAUAACUUCCAAGUGGAUUUUGUAUGGAAGUCUACUUCAUUUGACAGAAUGCAGAGUGCUUUAAAAACAUUUGCUGUGGAUGAGACUUCAGUGUCUGGGUACAUCUAUCACAAGCUGUUAGGCCACGAGGUAGAAGAUGUAAUUAUUAAAUGCCAGUUGCCAAAGCGCUUUACAGCACAAGGACUUCCUGAUCUCAACCAUUCUCAGGUUUAUGCUGUGAAGACUGUCUUGCAGCGUCCCUUGAGUCUUAUUCAGGGUCCCCCUGGUACAGGAAAAACAGUGACAUCAGCCACAAUUGUCUAUCAUCUGGCUAGACAGGGCAAUGGGCCUGUAUUAGUCUGUGCUCCAAGUAACAUAGCUGUAGAUCAGUUGACUGAGAAGAUUCAUCAAACUGGACUGAAAGUGGUUCGCCUGUGUGCUAAAAGUCGUGAGGCAAUUGAUUCUCCUGUAUCCUUCUUGGCAUUGCAUAACCAGAUCAGAAACAUGGAUAGCAUGCCAGAGCUUCAGAAACUGCAGCAGCUUAAAGAUGAAACUGGAGAACUGUCAUCCGCUGAUGAGAAACGUUACCGUGCACUGAAACGAACAGCAGAGCGUGAAUUGCUUAUGAAUGCAGAUGUGAUUUGUUGCACAUGUGUGGGAGCUGGUGAUCCAAGACUUGCAAAAAUGCAGUUCCGCUCCAUUCUGAUUGAUGAAAGCACGCAGGCUACUGAGCCAGAGUGUAUGGUGCCAGUUGUCCUGGGAGCAAAACAGCUAAUUCUUGUAGGUGACCACUGUCAGCUUGGUCCUGUUGUGAUGUGUAAAAAAGCUGCAAAGGCUGGCCUAUCUCAGUCUCUCUUUGAGAGGCUUGUGGUGCUGGGGAUCCGUCCGAUUCGCCUUCAAGUGCAGUAUCGCAUGCAUCCUGCACUUAGUGCUUUUCCAUCCAAUAUCUUCUAUGAGGGUUCACUCCAGAAUGGUGUUACUGCAGCGGACCGUGUGAAAAAAGGAUUUGAUUUCCAGUGGCCACAGCCAGAUAAGCCAAUGUUUUUCUAUGUUACACAAGGACAGGAAGAAAUUGCCAGUUCAGGCACCUCUUACUUAAACAGAACGGAAGCAGCCAAUGUGGAGAAGAUUACUACAAAGUUAUUGAAAGCUGGUGCCAAACCAGAUCAGAUUGGCAUUAUUACUCCUUAUGAGGGUCAGCGAUCCUAUCUGGUGCAGUACAUGCAAUUCAGUGGUUCCUUGCACACGAAACUUUACCAGGAAGUGGAAAUUGCGAGUGUGGAUGCCUUCCAGGGACGGGAGAAGGACUUUAUUAUCCUUUCUUGUGUCAGGGCCAAUGAACACCAAGGAAUAGGGUUUCUGAAUGACCCCAGGCGUCUUAAUGUGGCUCUUACAAGAGCAAGGUAUGGCGUAAUUAUUGUUGGGAACCCAAAAGCACUGUCUAAACAACCACUUUGGAAUCACCUGCUGAAUUAUUACAAGGAGCAGAAGGUUCUGGUGGAGGGACCACUGAAUAACCUCCGGGAAAGCCUUAUGCAAUUCAGCAAGCCCCGGAAACUUGUCAAUACCAUCAAUCCAGGUGCCCGUUUUAUGACUACUGCCAUGUAUGAUGCACGUGAGGCUAUUAUUCCAGGAUCUGUCUAUGACCGGAGCAGUCAAGGGCGCCCGUCCAACAUGUACUUCCAAACUCAUGACCAGAUUGGGAUGAUUAGUGCUGGCCCCAGCCACGUCACUGCUAUGAACAUUCCUAUCCCUUUCAACCUUGUGAUGCCACCGAUGCCACCACCGGGAUACUUUGGCCAGGCUAAUGGACCAGCUGCAGGACGAGGGGCACCAAAAGGAAAGACUGGUCGUGGUGGGCGUCAGAAAAAUCGUUUUGGGAUUCCUGGAACUAGUCAGUCAAACCUUCCAAAUAGUCAAGCAAGCCAAGAUGUGGUGUCCCAGCCUUUCUCCCAGGGUCCACUGACUCAAGGGUAUAUCUCCAUGAGUCAGCCAUCGCAGAUGAGUCAGCCUGGGCUCUCCCAACCAGAAUUAUCACAGGACAGUUACCUUGGUGAUGAGUUUAAAUCUCAGAUCGAUGUGGCGCUGUCACAGGACUCUACUUACCAGGGUGAACGCGCAUAUCAACAUGGCGGAGUGACGGGACUGUCACAGUAUUAGAGUGUUGAGGAAGAAGAGCUAAGCUUGUGUGGAGCUUAGUUCAUCAGCAUUUUAUUCUGGGUAAUAAAAAAAAUAAAAUAAAAUGGAUACCUGUUUUCCACUGCUAAAACUGAAGCACCACUGUGUGAGAGCAACAGGAGAAAGAAACCAACCAACGGAGAGGAGAGAGAGAAAGGAGCGCGCGCGCGAGAGAGCCCACUGCUAGCUCACUGAGACAAGGAGACUGACCGGAGAGGAGAGAGAGCACCGAAGGACUGGCUGGCGCCUCACUGGGAAGGCAUCUCACCCUGAAAUGAGUGGUCAGCUGAGUCCCUGCUCCCCCAGUCAAACAAGCUCGAGAGAAGGGCCUUAAGCAGGUUUCACUUCAUUCCAUACUUCUCUUUGCGAGCAGGGCAUUACUUUUCAGAGCAGACGGGGAGAGGAAAACCCUCAUCUCAGAGUUGUUCUGGUUUUAAAGGGGUACUAUAUUUUAGCAGUAACUGUUUACAUUUUAGAAACAGAGUAUCUGAGAGAGAGUUCCUGACUAAGUGACAGCAAGCCAAGCAGAAAUGCAGCGGAUCAUAGCUGAUGCUCAACUCUGAGAUGCAGGUUUUGUUGUCCAGCACUGGCUCUGAAAUCCUAGUGUCAUCGUGUCGCCCAUAUUCUGAACGGGUCUUUGUGACAAGGUGGUUUUAAAGAGAUUCUUUCAAAGGAGCACUGAAUUUUUAGAAGUUUGUCUCUGAAUUCUUAGUGGUGGACCUGGGAGAUCCUUGUUCUGAGAAGCUUACAAAAAGUUUAAAACAAAACUAAAUUAGAGCACCAACCUUGAGAACUUUCAGUGUGAUUUAAAGUUGCAGCAAUCAGCCUCUUCUUCCUACAUUGGAUAGCAGUUAGAGUGAAAGGAGCCUGCGCGCUCGAGCAGGAGGAGGGUUUCAAAGUGUUUUCUGUAUGCUUUAAUUGGCUACUGUCUGGACUCUACUCUGUGAAAAACAAGCCUUUCUGUAAGAUGAACUGUGCGCUUAAAAGGGGAUGGGUUCCUGUGCCCUUCGGCCCUGGAGGAAAAGAUGCUAAUAGGCCUGCUUUAUUCACUCCCACAGAUCUGGGGAAGAAGUAGUGGAAACUGGGGAUUAUAUUGGUUUUGAAGUAAAGACUCUACAAUGUUAUCGAAGCAGGUUGGAAAAAUGGAAAAAGCAGGCAGUUGUUGGAAGGUGGCCUCUGAUGGAUGGGUAUAAUUAGAGAUAAUGGGUUAGGCUUUUGUGUGGCUUCUUCAGUGAUUAAUGCAGAUAGCUGAAAGAUUCAGGUGUUUAAAAACAAACCCGGAGCCUAUUUUUUCAGGUAGUGGACACGGCUGUGCCAUCAAUGCUGGCCUGAGAAAUAGCUGGAAGUCAAAACUGAAAACAGCACAUAAAAGAAGCCAUCCAAUUUCUAAGUUGUACCCAUGUCUUAAAUAAGUCAUAUGGGAACACUGGGAGCAUUUUAUUUGUGUCUAAACCUUUUUAGAAACAGCGCAGAGAACUUAAAUUCCUACAGACCCAUUUUUAUCAGACCCCGAAAUUAGACUAACCUCUACCUCCUAAUUGGCUAAGAUCAGUAGAGUGUGAAUUACUAACCUAGGUGUUUUUAAAGUUUGAAUUAAGUUAGCUUUAUACUCAAAGGGCUCCAAGUGUUUCUAGUCUUUUUUUUGGGGGAACUCAAAAUACCUCUCAUAUGAAUGUACUUAAAUGAUGUAAACCCCACUUUUUGUAACUGGGGGGGAAAACCCUUUCAUUACUGUCCUUUCUGUAGAGUGUUGACCCGCUUUCAUAACCUGUAUUUGCUGUAGUUUUUCAAGAGUGUCUCUCCCCCAGUACAGAUCCGGUGUAGCAUACCCACAAACUGUGAGUAGUGUGCACAUAAAAUGGAACAGGUGUUCAAAUUUUUUUCAGUCCUGCAGUGAACAUAGUUCAAGAACUGCAAAAUAAACUAAACUUGCCAGAAAUAAAAACCAUUCUUGUUUCAUAAAAAGCCUCCAGAGUUUAGACUUCUAAAACGUGAAAGAAUGGAGACACAGGCCACCUUCCUUCCUUGUAAGAUGGACUGUUUUAUUUAUUAACAUUGCCGAAGGGCUUUUUAAUUUUUUUUUCCUUCUGGUUAGGCUGCGUAGUUGCAUAGUUUUGAGAUAGGUUUAAGCUGUAACCCCCUUGUGCAAUGCAAUCCAUUGAGUAAUGUAACCCCCUCCUCUCCCCUCACCCCCUUUAUUUCACCGAUUGGAAUGCUUGCCUCUGCUUUGUGCUGUUUUUUUUUUUUCUUUUGUAGCAGUUACUCUGAGUUUUAUAAAUCCAGACAUCAGUGCUAGCACGGUGUUACUCUUUGAUUUUGUCUCAGUUUGUUUUAAACCUGUUUGUCAUCAAUAAAAUAUUAAUAAACAGCUCUUGCAUUCAAGGUGGCCCCUAACUUUCAAUGAUGAAACCAUGAAACAUUCAUUAAAACUUAGUCUGAUUGUAUAAACUUCAAGUUUAUUACUUCUUUUUCAACACAUACUAGUACAAAAGUGUGGUGUGUGCAUAGCAUACAUGGUUAAGCAAAUGAACUGUGAGAAGUCUGUUAGACGUCCUACCCAGGUUCCUGCCUCUGGCUCUUGACCAACUCUAUGCAUGCCUUGGGGAUUAGCUCAAAUGGGAAUAUUCUGGGCCUGUGCGCUGCUGUUGGGUGGGAGUUACAGGGCUUAGGAAGUGCUUUGCUAAAGGUGACCAGUCCAGCUUGGACCAUUUCCUACCUCUUGCUUUGCAUGCUCUGUGGAAAACUAAAAAUUGCGUUUACUCCUGUUAAGUAGUGGUUGACUGGCUUGGGUAGCUGAACCCUGUUUGGCCUGAAUAGUCCUUCAAGAUUGGCUCAGCUUUUGCUGAAAAUACAGUUUAGGUGUUUAGGUCUGGUUUUGGCACUAGCCCGUGUGCUCAGGCAGCAGGCAGAAUGUUGGCAGUAGUAGUGAAGCUGCACGUAGUUUUCAUUUGAUACAAGCUCAUUAAGCUGGUCUGAGAAUGUCUCAAUUUCUAGUUGCUGUUGCCACCUGAACUGUUUCCUCGUGUGUUGUAACCCACCUGCUUCCAUAGUGCUUGGAUAGGGCAGCAUAGGGGACUGUUGCCCUCUCUAUUUUGUUGGAGAACAAGGUAAGGAGUUUUCCUUGCCUGCUGCAUCCUAAUGAGCUGAGCCCUUCAGUCCCUUAGCCUGCUGCAGCAUAGGUUCAAAAAAUUAAUAUUGAAGUUGGUUUGUCCUUUUUUACAUUUGAACAAAAGGGCUCCUGUUAACUCCUGUAGCGAAGUCCUCCUCUAAGCCCUUACACCAUUAAGUGUUUGAAAUCAGUUCCAAUACUGCUCUUGUUCAUCUGCUGGAAUAAUGCAGGGCUAACCUUCCCUGGAGCUUCCCUGCUCAGGCAUGUCAGAGUCAAGAAACGCACACUUGGACCUGAACACACUACUGUGCUUCAAAAGUUACAUAAUCAAGCUACUGCCUUCUCAGUCACCUGCUACACCUUUCAGGCAUGUUAGCAAAAACACUAUCCAGGAGGGGCAGGAAGACGUUGCCUCUGCAAACUAAGAAGUGGUUAAACCUUUAGUGCUCCCCUACAGGGAGAAGGCCUAACUUGUUAUGUUAAUACUUAAUCAAACACUUAGGACGUUACAGCAUAGCUACAAAAAAGAAAAUUCACGCUACUUUUUCAGACUUGCAUCAAAAAAAAAAAAAAAACAAAAAACCAAAAACCCUUCAAGUCUUGUUUCUCUUCCUGCCCUCCCUCCCCACCCUGCCCCAAAAGCUGCAGUUGAGCCAGCUGCCCUGCGUGUGUCUGUCGUGGGCAAGGGGUCCCUCGCUCUCCACCCUGUCCACGGCUCAGCUGGGCCACCUGCACCAGCCGAGAAGGGGCUGCGGCAGCGAAGGGGAGCGGUGCGGGCGGCCUGAGCUGGAAGGGGCACUUACCCCCGGUUCCCGGGGGUGCAGGGGAGCCUUGGCUGCUAACAGGGACAGCGCAAGACAGGAGGAAUGGCUGAAUAGCUUCGCCCAGGCCUUGAAUCUAGCUGCCACAAGUGACUCCACAGCUCACAUAUGUAAAGGUGGAAGAAAAGAGGCAACUCCUCAGUCAGUGAUCACAGUUGCUCAAAAGAGAUGAGACAAAGCUAAUUACAUCUCAAACAAUACUGAUCUGCUAUCUUUUAUUAACAGCAUUAAACAGACUUAGUUAAGAGCCUGUCCACACUAUUGCAACAGACUAGGGAACACAGCCAACAAGCGCAGCUUUGACCUCAAGUCUGGGGGGGGGAG